AUGUCUUUCAUCUUCCUUUUCCUUUUCUCCUUAUUCACUAGCUCCAGAGCUGUUGCUCAAAUUGCUAAUAAAGAUCCUUUCUUCAUAUACAAUGUUUGUCCAAAUACAACAACUUAUUCAAGAAACAGCACUUACUUCGCCAAUCUCAGAACCCUUUUGUCUUCUCUCUCUUCCCGCAACGCUUCUUAUUCCACCGGAUUCCAAAACGCCACCGCCGGGCAAGCCAUCGACAGGGUCACCGGACUUUUCCUCUGCCGUGGAGACUUAUCCCCUGAAGUCUGCCGUAACUGCGUUGCCUUUGCCGUCAAUGAAACCUUAAAAACCUGUCCGAAUGAGAAAGAGGUCACAUUAUUUUACGAAGAGUGUAUGCUCAGAUACUCUCACCGGAAUAUUCUCUCGACCCUUAGAUUCGAUGGAGGAGUGAUCCUGACGAACGCCGAUAAUAUUUCAUCUAACCGAACAGACCAGUUCAAAGAUUUUGUGUCGUCCACGAUGAACCAAGCUGCCGUCGAAGCAGCGAGCAGUGCUAGAAAGUUCUACACAGUAAAGGCCCGUUGGACCCCACUCCAUAUUCUGUAUGGCCUAGUUCAGUGCACUCCUGAUCUUACAAGACAAGACUGUUUGACCUGUCUGAACCAAUCCAUCUAUCGAAUGCCUCUUGACAAAAUUGGAGGAAGACUUCUUUAUCCGAGUUGUAAUUCAAGGUACGAGCUUUACGCAUUCUAUAAUGAAACAUCCAUUAGACCAGCACCACCGCCGCUGCUGCAGCCACGGUUGUCUACUCCUCCAGUGUCAUCUCCUCCGAUGUCAUCUCCUUCACGAGCAGGGAAAGGUGGGAAUUCAAACGUGUUAGUGGUAGCCAUUGUUGUGCUUGUUACAAGGCUGUUCUGCUUUUCAUAG